AUGAGGCUCCAGCCUCUCUUCGCCAUAGCCGCGGGUCUCCAGCUUGCAGCGACCGCCCUUGCCGCCUCGAAUUCCAGCUUCGUGCCAUCCCAGACAUGCGAGGUCAAGGCGGCCGGCGAUCCCAACAUCGACGAUGCGCCCACAGUUCUCGCCGCGUUCGAGCGCUGCGGCAACAAUAGCAGGAUCGUCUUUGCCGCGGACACGAUAUAUCACAUCAACUCGGUCAUGGAGGUUCGCGACCUGCAAAACGUACAGAUUGACAUCCACGGUACUCUGCUGUGGUCUGCAAACAUUGACUACUGGCUUGCGCACUCGAUGCCCGUGGGCUAUCAGAACCAGUCCACCGCCUUCAUCCUGGGCGGCGACAACGUCAACAUCAAUGGCUUUGGCACCGGCACGCUCGACGGCAACGGCGACGUGUGGUACCGGUGGAUCGACACCAAGCACAACAAGUCCAACUGGCCAGGCCGCCCGCACCAGAUUACCUUUAACGGGCUCACCAACUCGACUGUCGAGAACCUUAAUUUCCUGCGCAGCCAGAUGUGGACCAUGUCAAUCAUUUACUCGCACUACGUCGACCUGAACAACAUCUUUGUCAACAACACGGGCACCACAGUCCAGAGCUUCAACAAUGACGGCGCAGACACGAUAUACUCGUCGCACAUCAACUUUGACCGGUGGACGGUCUACAACGGCGACGACUCGAUCUCGCUCAAGGCCAACAGCACCGACGUGAGCAUCACCAACAGCGUGUUUUACGACGGCAGCGGGAUCGCGUUUGGCAGCAUCGGGCAGUUCCGCGAUGUGUUUGAGACGAUUGAGCGGGUCAAGGUGGACAACAUCACGCUGCACAACACGAUACAUGCGGCCUGGGUCAAGACAUGGACGAAUGAUCAGAACGGCUACGCACCCAACGGCGGCGGGGGCGGUCUUGGCUUCGCUUCCAACAUCUCCAUCACCAACGUCCACGCCACCGCCCUGCGCGCGGGCGCCUUCACCAUCUCGCAGUGCACGCGCUUCUGGGGCGCUCCCGGGGACGGCAACUGCACCAACUCGCGCUUCCAGGUGCGCGACAUCACGAUCGACGGCAUGACGGGGACCUCGCGCUCGUCGGUGGUCACGUCGCUUCAGUGCAGCGCCGUCGCCCCCUGCGAGGACAUCUCGAUCCGCAACGUCGACAUUGCGCUGCUUUCGGGCCCGGGGUCGGGCGGCAGCGGCGGCAAGGACGCGGGCGAGUACCUGUGCGGCAACGCGCUGGACCUCCAGGGCUUCAACUGCACGGGCACCCCUUGCGUCGGGGGCAGCGCCAUCGGCGAGUGCUCGUCGGCCAGCAGCAGCAAUCACGCCCUGCAACCAGGCCACAGCGGCAGCGGUGGCCCGAGGAUCAUAUCUGCGGCUCUGGGUCUGUGGCGGAGGGCGGAUGUAGGGGCGGCGCUGGCUGUCAGUCUGUGGCUGCUCUGCUAG